GUUAUUGACUCAGUCUAAUGAUAAUGAAGUUCCUUUGUUAUGCGCUCCUUGUUAUUCUAACGGCGUCUCCCGGCGAGCAGGUCUGCGCCCCAGACUGUUCGGGGGUCGAUCCGGGCGUGAGAGUCAGAGACCCGACGGAUUUCACCAAAUACUACAUUUGUCUUGAUGUUGACGGCUCUGGGAACCUCCUUCCCUCCUCCGACUCCGUGUCGUGCCCUCCAGGUGAGUUCUUCAACGACCAACACACCCUGCCCAGGUGUGACCCGAUAGAAGACACGCCCGAGAUAAUCAUGACGGCCACCUGUGACCCGUGCAAACCCCACUGUCCCGAGACCGGCAUGGUGGCCCCUCACCCCACGGACUGCAGCCGUUACUACGUGUGUCUUAAUGACGGACACGCCAUUGAGUAUGACUGCGGUGCUGGCUAUUACUUCGACUACAUUGAUGGCGUGUGUUCCGAGGACAACAGCCGCUGUUACCAGUACUGCGAUCCCUGUAAACCUCACUGUACCCAUGUGUACCAGAGAGUCCCUGAUCCCUACAACUGCACAAAAUUCUAUUUGUGUACCCUUGGAGACGUUGUGAGUUUUAAAUGCCCUUACCAAAUGGUGUUUAAUAAAGAGUCACACCUGUGCGAAAAGAGCAUCAACUGCAUUACCAAUUGCCAUAGUCGGAACGUCAGUGGAUCUUGUGUCUGAGUUUGUCCCAUUUGCAUACAAGGAAAUUGGCUUUCAAAUAAAGUGAGUGUGAAAUA